CGUGAAACUGAUGUUGAAAGAGCUUCUGCUUUCACUCAGAGGUCAUGUGUUCAUGCAAAGCUAAUUCAUGAUUCACUGCGUUUCACUGAGCGUCCGUGUGUGAAGGCAUGACACAUCCCACAGCAUCUCACAGCCAGAUUUCACUGUCAGCUACCAAAAUGUCACGCCGCGUUGCUCUGGCUGUGGUUGUCCUGGCCUUCGCUGGAGGUUGGUGCCCGUGUUUGGCUGAUGUUGGGGAUUUUGCUCCAUGUCUGCACGUCUUCUACAAAUCUUGGCCUCCUAAAGGUCUGGUGGGGACCCCAAUCUGCCAACGUUAUGACAACCAGUACCACUUUGCCACGCUGUACAGUCGACCUCGCCGUUCGCCAUGGUUUUCAGCGUAUUUGUACUCUGUGCCAGCGGGAAAGAGACCGAGCGCAUCCUGGAAGUUUGAGCCACAGCUCGCCUACCCAGGAGCUGAUGGCAACAUGAUCCCCUUCCCUCCAGGCCCGUUGGACCAGAACGUGGUGGAAAGUCAGGCGGUGGAGCUGGACUACAUUAAUUCAACCUAUUCUCGUGGCCACCUGAACCCCAGCCUUCACCACCACACACACAAGGACCGCUCUGCCACCUUCACCCUCACUAACGUGGUUCCCCAGAAGGCGGGCUCUAACGAUGGACCCUGGGAAGUCCUGGAGCAGACUGUCAACAAAACCCUGAGCGCCUACUGUCUCGGAGAGGCCUACAUAGUGACGGGGAUCAUCCCUUAUCUGAACGACGAGCGCUGGCUCAAGAAUCACCGCGUGGCCGUGCCUGAGUACAUGUGGUCCGCCUACUGCUGCCCAAACUACAACAACAGUCUUCCAGAAAAACUCAAGGACUUUUUCCCCACGUAUGCUGCUAUCGGCCGCAACGACUGCAACAGCACCGAGGAGAUCGUGCCCGUCAACAAGACGGCGAAGAAACAAUUCAGAGGGUUUGAUGUGAGGCCGAUGCCACUAGAAACACUGGAGAUGUAUCUGAAGGACAGGUUCAACACGGUGGUCAGUGUUUUUUAUGAGCAGUGCUCCGGAUCAGAAGCAAACACACACAGACUGAAGCAAUAAUCAGAUCGGUGAAGUGUUAAUGCUCCUCUUAUUUAAUUCAGACUAAAUACAUUUAAAAGAAUUAUGAUAAGUACAAAGUGUCAUCAAGACUUCCUCCAAACAAUGGUUCAACUCUGGAUAGAUGCAAAAACUACUUAGUUAGAAUUGAAGGAUCGUCGUCAUUAAAAAAGAAAACUAACUUU